GCCCCUCAGUUCUGUAGCCCUGGGCGGCUUUGCUAGGCCUAAGUGGCGCCUCCCUCGGUUGAAGAGGCCAGAACUUUUCCUCAGGCGGCGGCGUGCGGGGCCUGCGAGAGGCGGGGCCUGUGACGCGCGUGUUGUGAAAGCCGCUUCAGAGAGAGCGAGGCGGGACUGCGGCUGCGAGGGAGAGCGCGGGAGCCAUUCAGUUGCGGCGGGGUACCGGGAGAAGAAGGAAGGCAGGCAGGCAGGCAGGCAGGAGGGCAACGAGCGCCUCUCCCUUAGUCAGCCCUCGCCUGCCGGGAUGGACGCCCUGGCGGUGGACUGGUCCUUCGCCCUCCCGCUGCUCUUCACCGUUCUGGCGGUGCUCCUCGCCUCCGUCUUCGUGAAGCUGCGCUCCUCGGGAGCGAAGGAGGAGGAGGAGAGGGCGGAGGAGAAGCCCCGAGAAGCCGUGGCUGAUGCUGAGGUCGACCGCCUCGCCGGAGGAGAAGGGAUUCCCGAGGAGAAAGGGAAGGAGGAGGAGGAGGAGGAGCGGGGAAUAGAGAGAAGAAGCGUCCCUGUGGAGAACCUCGGGGCCGAAGAGAAAGAGGAGGAAGCAGGAGGGGAAGAAGAAAGGGAGACCCGGGAGCGGGCAAAGGAAGAGGCGGCUGCGGAGAGGACUGCCCAAGAGGAGCCCCAGCCCUCGACGACGACGCCCGCCAGGCCCCCUCAGGCCCAGGCCGAGCGGGAGGAAGAAGAGGCGGCCAAGCCUCUCAGGAUGGAGGCGGCAGGGACCUCUGUCGUCGGUGCUGCUUCGUUGGCCGUGGAAAGGGAGCAACAGGAGGAGGAGGAAGAGGACGACGACGAGGACGACGACGAUGAGGAGGAGAGCAAGGAGGAAGACCAGGAAUCAGAAAAUGAGAAAUUAGUGGUGAAAGAACCUGAGACCGAAGAUGCAGAUGAACAGUUCUCCUUUAAAUAUAGCCCUGGAAAACUGAGGGGAAGCCAGUAUAAAGCUAUGAUGACCAAAGAAGAACUUGAAGAUGAACAAAGGGUUAAAAGGGAACAGCUGACUGCCAUCUUCAGCCUUCUAAAGGAAAAACCAGACACAUUCGGGGAGAUGUCUGAAACUGAUAUGAAAGAUCAACUCCGGCUGUAUGAUAUAUAGGCUGUAAGUUACUAAGAUUGACUAUCAUUUUCUUUAUCCUUCAGUGUAUUGGAGAUUGCAGGACUAUAGACUUGAUACUUAAAAUAACUUUUUGUAUUUUAGUCUAGGAGGAUACUUAAUGUUUGGGGAACUGAUUUUCCUUGAAAUAGAAAAAUAUUAGUUUUUUUCUUAAAAGUGAUGAAGCUUUGUGGCCUAAAGAAUAUUUAUGACAGAGCACACCGAUAACAUUAUACUAAGAUUGAAAAGUGGUGAACAUAAUGUUUCAGGUAUUCCUUUGAUGGUCAUUGCAAAUAUUUAAAAGCGUGUAUGUUAUAAUGCAAUAGAAACAUAGUUGUGCAAAAUCAUUUUUGUGCCAGGAAAUUUGAUAAAAUGUAUACCUCAGAAACAUAUUGUUGUUGAGAACCAAAUAAAUAUCAACUGCAAAAUCAA